CCUCCCUGAUAAAACAUCAGCACUUAUGUACAGGGUUCUGGCCAUACUGCUGUGCACAUGCCUGCUCUUUCCAGGCUUAGUCUGUGAAAAUCUGCUGUGCCUCUAUUGCCCCCUGCAGAUGAAGAACAAGUUCUGCCGCACAGUCCACUCUAUGUGCCCCCCUGAGGAGCUGUGCUUCAGGGCAAAAGGGUACUACGCUGGUGACUUGGGGUUGACAGCCUCGGGGUGUAUGACCAAGCAGCAGUGCACCAUGAAGCACCUUGUUUCCUACAAAGGCACCAACUUCACCAUGACCUACACCUGCUGCAACUGGAACUUCUGCAACUUGGCUCCGAGCUUCUCUUUCUUCAGCUCCGCCCUCCUUGUGGCUCCACUUGCAGCGACAGCCUUCCUGCUGACCCGCUGGAUGUACUAGCGAACGAGGGCCGGACCCUCCGUGUCUCUUUAAGCGCGAGACUCUCGGCUGGGCUUGUGUUUCAAGAUGAUCUGGAAGAGGAUCUUGUCGGCAGAGCUGUUUGGAAUCAGCGACACGUACACUUCCUCGUGGGUGUGUGGUCUGUGCAGCGGGGAGGCAGAUCAAUAAGCGUCAUUCGGUGGUCUUUGCCCUCUCGGCCUGUUCAUACUGCUACGUGCCAUUUAACCCCAUGUCAAAGUGGAUAAUUUUAGCAUUUCUGAAGUGUUUCUUCCUGAAAACCGAAGAUAAUUUUUCAUUUUUUGUGUGUGUAGUCUUUUUAAAUAAAUCA